AUGGCUUUACCUACCGGUGCUAAUACCAAAUUAUCCCAACACGAAAUAUUACCAGCUAAAAAUGAUGUCGGUGCCUUAGCUAACCGAAUAAACUUGGAAACCAGAGGUUUGCAUGACAAAGUCGACAAGAUGGUUACCUUAAAAUUGGCCAUCGCUUUAAGAAAUCACAAAGUAUACCGUCAAGGUUUGCAAUGUUUCUACCAUGUUUUUGCUACUAUCGAAAAAGCUUUAUACAGACAAUUUGAAGCCAAUGAUGAAUGGAGUGAUAUGUUGAAACAAGUAUGGAAACCAGAAAUUGCUAGAGCUGGUAAAGCUGAAGAUGACUUAUUAUUCUUCUACGAUGACCACAAAGAGAAAUUUAUCAGCCCAAUUAUGCCAGCCCAAAUUGAAUUUUCCAACCACAUUUUAAAAGCUACUGCCGAAAAACCAUACUUGUUGUUUGCCUACUUGCAUGUUAUGUACUUGGCAUUGUUUGCUGGUGGUAGAAUCAUGAGAUCUUCUAUUGUCAAAGCUACUGGUAUGUACCCACACAAAGAUGGCUUGUCCCAUGAUCAAAUUGUCAAGAUGGGUACCAACUUUUUCACAUUCGAUGUUGCUGAUGAAGAUUUAUUAAGAAUCAUGUACAAGAGAGAUUAUGAAUUGGUAACCAGAAACGGUUUGACCGAAGCCCAAAAGACUGAAAUUAUCGAAGAAUCAAAAUACAUCUUCUCACAAAACGCCAAAUGUAUCACUGAAUUGGAAAGUCAUAACUUGGAAAAACUUUCGGGUUCCUGGACCUAUUUUCUUGCUACCCGAGGUUACUACGCUGUGAUAAUAUUGCUUUGUAUUUUGGUUUUCUUUUACUUGCAAAGAAUUGCUACUAAAUUGUUCUAG